AUGGAGAGCCAGAGGAAUGUCUCAGACUUCAUUCUUUUGGGACUUUCGUAUGACCAGAACAUGCAAAUAUUUUGCUUUGUGCUCUUCUUAUUCUGUUAUGUUGCCCUGUUGGCAGGAAACCUGCUGAUCCUUGUCUCCAUCCGACUCAGUCCUCUUUAUCACCAACCCAUGUACUUUCCUCACCACUUGUCCUCCAUGGACAUCUGCUACACCUCUACGGUUACACCCAAGUUCAUUGCUGACCUGCUGGUGGAAAGAAAAACCAUCUCCUACAGUAACUGCAUGUUGCAGGUCUUUACAAUGCACUUCUUUGGAGGCUUUGAGGUCUUCAUUCUUACCGCCAUGGCCUUUGAUCGCUAUGCUGCCAUCUGCAAACCUCUCCACUAUGUGAUAAUGAACAGGACAAGGUGCCAUCUCCUAGUCUUAGCUGCUUGGGCUGGUGGGGCCGUCCAUGCCUUUCCUCUGUUUUCUACUGCAAUUGGUUUUCCCUUCUGUGGUCCUAAUGAAAUCAAUCACUACUAUUGUGAUGUUUUUCCUUUGCUAAAAGUGGCCUGUACUGAUACCUACAUCACUGGUGUCCUUGUGAUUGCCUUUUCAGGUAUGUUUGGCUUAGGAGUUUUUAUUGUCUUAUUUGUUUCUUAUGGGAUAAUAUUGUUCACUUUAAGAAAUCUCUCAGCUGAGGGAAGACGUCAACGAUUUCUUUGA